AUGGUCGUGGACGUGGACGUGGACGUAGACAUGGUCGUGGACCUUGACGUGGACGUGGUCGUGGUCGUGGACGUGGUCGUGGACGUGGACAUGGACGUGGACGUGGACGUGGACGUGGACGUGGACAUGGACGUGGACGUGGACGUGGACGUGGACGUGGACGUGGACGUGGACGUGGACGUGGACGUGGACGUGGACGUGGGCGUUGACGUGGGCGUGGACGUGGACGUGGACGUGGACGUGGGCGUUGACGUGGUCGUGGACGUGGUUGCGGACGUGGACGUGGACGUGGACGUGGACGUGGUCGUGGACGUGGACGUGGACGUGGACGUGGACGUGGACAUGGACGUGGAUAUCGACGUGGACGUGGACCUGGACAUGGUCGUGGACGUGGUCGUGGACGUGGACGUGGUCGUGCACGUGGACGUGGACGUGGUCGUGGACGUGGACGUGGACAUGGACGUGGACGUAGUCGUGGACGUGGUCAUGGACGUGGAGGAUUUGGACGUGGAGGACUUGGACGUGGACGUGGACGUGGACGUGGACGUGGUCAUGGACGUGGAGGACUUGGACAUGGACGUGGACGUGGACGUGGUCGUGGUCGUGGACGUGGUCGUGGACGUGGACGUGGUCGUGGACGUGGUCGUGGACGUGGACGUGGUCGUGGACGUGGUCGUGGACGUGGACGUGGACGUGGUCGUGGACGUGGAGGACUUGGACGUGGAGGACUUGGACGUGGACUGA